AUGCUGAAGAAGCUGCCACGGAGAAGACUUUUUUCUUUUCCCACUAUGCUGCUUGUGGUUCUUGUUUUUUCCCUAGUCACCUUCUCUGUUGUAAGGAUUCAUCAAAAGCCCGAAUUUGUAAGCAUCAGACACUUGCAGCUGGUCGGAGAGAGUCCUAGCAGUAAUAUUAAUUGCACCAAAGUUUUACAGGGUGACGUAGAUGAAAUCCAAAAGGUAAAGCUUGAGAUGCUCACAGUAAAAUUCAGAAAGCGCACUCGGUGGACACCUCACGACUACAUAAACAUGACCAGCGACUGCACUUCUUUCAUCAAGAGGGGCAAAUAUAUUAUGGAACCCCUUAGCAAAGAAGAGGAGCAGUUUCCAAUAGCAUAUUCCAUAGUGGUUCACCACAAAAUUGAAAUGCUGGACAGGCUCCUGAGGGCCAUCUAUAUGCCUCAGAACUUCUACUGCAUUCACGUGGACAGAAAAUCAGAGGAGUCCUUCUUAGCCGCAGUGAAGGGCAUCGCGUCCUUUUUCAGUAACGUCUUUGUGGCCAGUCAGUUGGAGAGUGUGGUUUAUGUGUCAUGGAGUCGCGUUCAGGCCGACCUCAACUGCAUGAAGGACCUGUACGGAAUGAGCGCACGCUGGAAGUACUUGAUAAAUCUGUGCGGCAUGGAUUUUCCUAUUAAAACCAACCUAGAAAUUGUGAGGAAGCUCAAGUCGUUCAUGGGUGAAAAUAACCUUGAAACCGAGAAGAUGCCCUCCCAUAAAGAAGAAAGGUGGAAAAAGCAGUAUGCAGUUGUUAAUGGGAAGCUGACCAACACGGGGACUGUCAAAAUGCGUCCUCCGCUUGAAACUCCUCUUUUUUCAGGCAGUGCCUAUUUUGUGGUCAGCAGGGAGUAUGUGGGGUAUGUGCUAGAGAAUGAAAAAAUCCAAAAGUUCAUGCAGUGGGCGCAGGACACGUACAGCCCAGAUGAGUAUCUCUGGGCCACUAUCCAAAGGAUCCCUGAGGUCCCUGGCUCUCUCUCCCUGAGCCAUAAGUACGACUUGUCUGACAUGCAGGCGGUUGCCAGGUUUGUCAAGUGGCAGUACUACGAGGGUGACAUGUCUAAGGGCGCUCCCUACCCACCCUGCAACGGCAUCCACGUGCGCUCGGUGUGCAUUUUUGGAGCCGGAGACUUGAACUGGAUGCUGCCCAAGCACCACUUGUUUGCCAAUAAGUUUGACGUGGACGUCGACCACUUUGCCAUCCAGUGUCUGGAUGAGCAUCUGAGGCGUAAAGCUUUGGAGACAUUAAGACACUGACCCCUGUGGGCAAUUUUAGGAUUAAUAAGAGAGAGGCUCAAAAUGUGCCCCAUGUGGUUCCUCUUACUUGACAAUAAGCAUCAGAAAAAUUAUAUGGGGUCCUCUUUGGGGG